AUGAUCCUGUUACGGUCCGCCCUUUUGAGGCCUAUACCGGCUCAAGAGGCGGCUCUAUGUUCGCGAUGUCUGGUUCGAUCGCGAACUCAUACCCCCUCAGCGAUUCGGGGGUUUCUAUCGUCCUCGAACCGGCGAACGGGCAUCAUGGCGAACCAAACCACCUCGCCCCUCCAAAAGACCUACUUCUCACCUAAUAGACUUUACGACGGCUCAAAUACCACCGGCGGCUUGCUUUCAUCAUUCGCAUCCUCAAAUGCCAAGAGCCAGUCCAAUCCCUCCAACUCGCAGUCGCCGAAUGCUUCCGCAACUCCGAACAGCUCGUCCGAGACAGCCACGCCAAUUGCGCCUGAUACUGCUCAAAGUGAGCUGCCACAUCGACGGAGGAAAAGAUUGAAGGAGGAGGGAUCAAAUAAUGCUCAACCAGAACAACAAAUUCCACUUGAUGCGUCGGCGCAAUUGUCGAACAUGUCGGCCUCUCUCCCCACUACUUCUCUUCGCCGCAAAUUCGCUGCAUACCUCGCCCUGACGAAACCUCGACUCUCCUUCCUGAUCGUCCUUACCACUACAUCUGCAUACGGAAUGUACCCUAUCUCGUCAUUGCUCGCCCUCGACCCAGCCAUGACCGAACUCCCAACUCUCUCGACCUCAACCUUGACCUUGAUCUACUUGACCGUAGGAACAUUCCUCUCGUGUUGCAGUGCCAACACUUUGAACAUGAUGGCCGAGCCGAAGUAUGAUGCACUCAUGUCUCGGACACGGAAUCGCCCACUUGUCCGCGGGCUGGUCUCGCGCCGUGGUGCUAUGCUCUUUGCUAUUGGUACCGCAGUUGUCGGUCUUGGACUUCUGUACGUCGGAACCAACCCCACAACAACAGCGUUGUCUGCGGCAAAUAUCUUCUUGUAUGCAUUCGUGUACACGCCGUUGAAGCGUAUUCAUGUUAUCAACACAUGGGUCGGAGCAGUGGUCGGUGGCAUCCCGCCGCUGAUGGGCUGGAUUGCCGCGCAAAACCAAGUAGCUACAACAGGGCAUGACUCAUGGCGAGACAUGCUGUUUAGUGAAGAAAGCAUCGGUGGAUGGUUGCUCGGUGGUAUCUUGUUUGCCUGGCAGUUCCCCCACUUCAAUGCCCUCUCACACCUCAUUCGGGACGAGUACAAGGGCGCGGGCUACAGGAUGCUUGCCUGGGUAAACCCGGCUAUGAAUACUCGUGUUGCAUUGCGGUAUUCUGUGCUGAUGUUCCCUAUCUCCAUCGGUCUAUGGUGGGUCGGUGUGGUUGGCCACGGCUUCUUGGUUGGAAGCACCGUAGCUAAUGGUUGGCUGGUCCGUGAAGCCUACCACUUCUGGAAACAUCAAGGUGCACAGGGCACUGCCCGUGGUCUCUUCUGGGCUAGUAUUUGGCAGUUGCCUAUUCUACUUGUUGGUGGAUUAGUCACAAAGAAGGGCCUUUGGGAUGGUGUCUGGCGCAACAUCUUUGGGCAGCCAGAGGAGGAAGAUGAGGAAUAUUUGUAUUACGAAGAUGAGGAGGAAGCUUUUGGAACUGACUCUAAGUCACAAGAUUCUUCCGUCCCAUCAUCGAACAGGAGCACCGCUCUGCCUACUGCAUGA